AUGUGCACAGGCAUUAGAAACUUAAUGAAUGUUGAUAUUGAUACGUGGAUCUGCCCAGAGUGUCGUUGCGCUAUAAAAAAAGGUGGAGACAAUUCUUUUACACCGGUGGGCGUAAAACAAGAUCCUAACGUAACACUUCGGAAGAAUGUCUCAACUAACUCCACGAGUAACUAUGUUGACAACAUUGCAUUAAUAUCGGAGAUACAUGAUCUACGCUCGGAGAUGUCUACUCUUAAAGAAUUGCUCACAAAGGCAUUGACCUUAAUCGGCGGCCACGAAGAUAAGUUAGAAAGGUAUGCUUUGCAAGUAAAACAAUUAAAUAACAAGCUUGAAAAGUAUGAGAAGCAAGAUAUCCAGACUACGCCUCUGCGAGCUGUGCACGAACCUCGCGCGAAUUCGCUGAGCAACACGGAUGUAGCUAUCAAACCAACUGCAGUAAAACAGCAGCCUAAACAACAGGUGAUAGGAAAUUCUCAAAGCUACCACCAGGCUUCCCGACAUCUCCAUACUGAUCACAUAAUACCACCAACUCAAGAACUGGAUCAGUCCGUUAUUGCUGUCGUUAGACAAGAACACAAUACUCAAAAUGACGGGGAAUGGAUUGAGGUAAAAAAGCGCAACUAUAGGCAACGUCAAAAACCAUUACAUGGAACUGCUGAUCCUCUGUCAAUCAAUUUAAAGGCUAUGGAAAUACGCAAACACUUCCACCUGUGGAAUAUGGCUUCCGACAUCGAUGAAGUUCGUCAAUACCUUUCUCAGCUAUAUCCUACUGCUGGCUGCUCCGUUGAAGAGUUAAGUGCUCGUGGGGAUUACAAAUCAUACAAAAUUGGAGUUCCCGCUGAAUUUUACGAUAGGAUUUACUCUGCCGACAUCUGGCCACUGAAUGCUAGGAUAAAACCCUGGAUUAACUAUAGAAAGAGCACUUCCAAAAUAAAUGAACUACAGAAUCUGUCACCUGGUCAGCCCUUUCGUAAGCCAACUUCGACAAAACCACAAUAG